CGGGAAGGAAGGAGCAGCCUCCGCCGUAGCAGCAGCUCCUCCACCACCGGAGGAGCCUCCGUCGCCGUGCGGCCCAAAGCCGAGAGGCAGAAGCAGGCGGUUGUGUCUUGGGGUGCGUGUUUAAAGGAAAGGGAAAAUAGGUUUCCUUAAACUGCACGACUUGAGCCAGGGCUCAAGCCGCGCUAAUUAUCAGAAUAACCGAGACCAUGAUAUUUCAGAAGAAAUGGUUAUUGUCAAAACUGAGAAGGUAGAAGAAAGCUGCAGUAAUGAUGGACGGAACUGUGAGGGCCAGGAGUCCCAGCCUUCCCCUCUGGCUCUGCUGGCUGCAACAUGCAGCAGGAUUGAAUCUCCCAAUGAGAAUGCUGAUGGAUCACAGGGACAACAAGGAGGCUCAAAUGAACUGGACCUUGCUGCUGCAACUCAUAUCUCCCAGAAUGCAAAUGGUUGGCAACUAAUUUCUACUCCCUCUGGGACUUCUGACUCCCCCAAAGACCAAGGGAACACAAGCAAUGAGGAGAAUGAUUCAUCAUCCAAAAACCGACCUGCUACCACUGGGCAGUAUGUGGUUACUACCACCCCCAACAUGCAGGGCCAGCAAGUCCUCACGGGCUUGCCAGGAAUGAUACCCAGUAUUCAGUACCGGGUGAUCCCCCAGUUUCAAACUGUGGAUGGGCAACAGUUGCAGUUUGCCACCACCCCUACCCAAGUCAGCGUCCAACAGGAUGCUAAUGGCCAAUUGCAGAUCAUCCCUGGGACGAACCAGCAGCUCAUUACGAAUCAGUCGGGGACAGGCAAUAUCCUGGCUGCCAUGCCAAAUCUUCUGCAGCAGGCUGUCCCCAUUCAGGGAGUGAAUGCCCUGUCAGGGCAGACUCAGUAUGUCACUAAUGUGCCACUGGCUUUGAAUGGCAAUAUCACUUUGUUGCCUGUCAAUAGCAUUGCAGCCAGUUUGGCACCCACUUCUCAGUCGGUUACUAUAAGCACCUCUGGCUCUAGCGAGAGUGGCUCUCAACCAGCAACAUCUGGCACCUCUGUCAGUUCCUCCAGCACAGCUGUGUCCCAGGCCAAUUCUGCCGCUUUCUUUACCAAUGCCAACAGCUACAAUACCACUACCACAACAGGUAAUUUGAGCAUCAUGAAUUUUUCCACCAGCGGCACUCUGGGAACAAACGUUCAGGUGCAGGCGCCUCAGAGGACAGGAAGUGCUCAAAAUACUGAUGCUCUGCAGUUGGCUGGAGUGACAGUCCAGCAAGGGCAGCAGAAAGAUGCUGAUCAAAACCAGCAGCAACAGCAGCAGCAGAUUCUGGUGCAGCCUCAGCUUGUUCAAGGAGGGCAAGCUGGCCAGACUUUUACUACCCAAGAUGCCUUGCAGAACCUGCAGAUCCAGGCUCUCCCCAACGCUGGUCCAAUCUUUAUUCGAACACCCACUAUGGGGCCAAACGGGCAGGUGAGCUGGCAGACGAUUCAGCUGCAGAAUCUUCAGGUUCAGAACCCACAAGCUCAGACAAUCGCUUUGGCUCCCGUGCAAGGAGUCUCCCUGGGGCAGACAGGGAGCACCAACACGACGCUGACCCCCAUCGCUUCUGCCUCUCUGCCCAGUGGCACUGUCACUGUAAAUGCCGCUCAGCUUUCCUCUGUGCCAGGCCUUCAGACCAUUAACCUGGGGGCCCUGGGAUCUGGGAUCCAGCUUCAUCAGCUGCAAGGGCUUCCACUCACUAUAACAAAUGCCACAGGUGAUCAUAACGCCCACCUCAGCCUUCAUGGCACCGGUGGCGAUGGGCUGGCUGAUGAUGGGGCAACCGUUGAAGAAGGAGAGGCCAGCCCCGACGCUCAGCCACAGCAAGGUCGAAGAAUGCGCAGAGAAGCUUGCACUUGCCCCUACUGCAAAGACAACGAAGGAAGGGGCACUGGGGAUCCAGGGAAAAAGAAGCAGCAUAUCUGCCACAUCCCAGGCUGUGGGAAAGUGUAUGGGAAGACAUCUCAUCUGCGUGCCCACCUUCGGUGGCAUACUGGAGAGCGGCCGUUUGUGUGUUCCUGGAUGUUUUGUGGCAAGCGCUUCACACGCAGUGAUGAACUGCAGCGACACAAGCGGACACAUACAGGAGAGAAGAAGUUUGCCUGUCCAGAGUGCCCCAAGCGCUUCAUGAGGAGCGACCACCUCUCCAAGCACAUCAAGACCCACCAAAACAAGAAGGGGCCCAACAACGUGGCCAUGGACGUCUCUGCCGUCUCCAUGGACACUGGUGCUUCAGCAGAGGGCACUAGUGGUGCAACACCCUCAACCUUAAUUGCGACCAACAUGGUGGCCAUGGAGGCAAUCUGCUCCGAAAGCAUUGCACGCCUUGCUGGCAGCGGUAUCAACGUCAUGCAAGUGGCAGAUCUCCAGUCAAUCAACAUCAGUGGCAAUGGAUUUUGAGGCACCGCGAACUGCGUGGUGGAGGUGUUGUGCAAAUGUGGGAUACUCAAGGUAGCAAUGGGUCCAAGGGAUGAUAUCUUUCAUUACACAAAAGGUGAAAGAUUAGGGGCUCAGCUGCACCACCCAGCCUCCAAGCCCCAUUGUGGUCUCCCAGGAAUACUGCUUGCAAAAUAAGGCCUGCUUGCUGUCCAGGUCAACCCUCAGAUGCCUGAUGUGAUUACCUGGAGAAAUGAUGGAGAUGGCCCUGAGCUGUUUGACUCGUUUUGUUUCUCUCUCCCCCCCCCCUACCCCAUAAAAGUCCACCCCCCUUGUUAGGUACCCCAGAUGCCAUCAUGCCUUGGUUCUAAAUGUAUAUGAUCAUUGAAAUACUUUUUAGCAGAAAAAAAUCUAUAUUAUUAUUAUUAUUAUUGUAAUUAUAUAAAGCUAUAAAAUAUGUUCAUUUUGAUGAGAGGUUAAAAUUGCUGUGACCAAAGUCUUUGGUCGUUGUUCAGAUGCCUUAACUUGGAACUCCUUGAGCUGUUAGGUGGUGCUCAAGCCUCUGUUCAGAUGCUAUAUUGCAUUUUACAUUGUAAGUAUAAAAACAUAAAUUUAGCUUUUUGUAUGCUUGGCUUUUAGGUUUGUCUUUCUUCUCUCCAACCCCCAUUUAAAAAAACCAAUUUGGGUACUUUUGUUUGUUUGUUUGUUUGUUUAACUUUAUUUCCUCUGGGUUUUUUUGUUUGGUUUUAAUUCUUAUUUUUCUCCUUUUGGAGAGAGGUGCAUCUGUGCACAUCAGCUGUCCCCCCCGCCCCCCCUCCGCCAAGUGGUAGGGUCCAUGACCCGAAACAUGUUCUAUUCUGAUUUUGUUGCGGGAGUUAAGCAAUUAAGAUGUAUCCUGCUGCUGCAGUCACUUCUAGGCCUGUACAUUUGGCACAAACCCUAUUCACUUUCUGAUCUGAAUCAGUCAAAAUCUCAUGUGAAAAAACCUGCAAUGGAACUGAGGCCCAAGUAAGCUGGUACGCACGUAGAUGAUGUGCCAAGCAUGUUACAUUUAUGGUGGUGUGUGUUUUGAAAGGGUGAGGUCUUUAUUCAUCCAAGGAAGCAUGUACUGUGGGACAAGAUAGAUCUAGAGCUUUGUAUCCCGUUGCGUUUUUGUCUGUUUGGUAAGGGAAUACUAUACCCAAAUAGGAAAGGAAGAUGGGUAUCUUGGAUUUGUGUUUAUUUUUUUAAACCUCAAGCUAAUGCAUUGCACUUCUCCAGUUCUAUUUAAACUGCCUUCGGUAGCAUUCAGUUAAGCUGCAGGGCCAAUCGCCUAACUCUUGGCUUUUGCUGCCCUUCCCUCAAGAGUGAAUCGUCACUUGUCCUGUGCAUGCACCCAAGAUUUGCAUUUGCUUUUCAGUGCUCCAGCCAUAGUGCUCCCUUGUAAUAGUGUGCAUUCCCAUGUGGGUGCAGUAUCAAUAGGAAAUGCAGCAGGUGGACUGGGUGUUGUUGGCUAUCAACAAGCUGCAGAAGAUGUGUAAGGGCCAAAAUAAAUGAAGAAGGAAGAGGGUGGCUUGGGGAGCUGCCUCUUGAGGAGCAACGGGGCCUUUUGAUCUUCUGUACUUAGCAGUAUUUGAACAUUUCCCCAGAUGCCUGGGCUUCAGUGUGAACCAGCCUGACAUUCUAUGCAGUACCACAGUUGGCCAUACUCUGCCAGUGCCUUACCCUUUCUUUUUCUUUUUCCUCUUCAUCUUACCCAGCUGUUAAUUAAGUCAUGUCUUCCCCCCCUGGGCUAUUGAAGGAAACUGCUUUCGCUUCAAGUAGUGAAGGGAAAAUAGCAAAUGCUGAAUUUCAGGAAGGUGACAGCUUUUGCGGGCAUCCUGUCUCUUUAACAUCCUUCAGCAGGAGAAUAAUGCUUACUGCAGUGCCUAGGCCAUCCUUCUUUGCCUUAGAAGUGCUCACAGGGGUCCGUGACUUGGUAGCCAGCCAUUAUGUUUGGCUGCCACUGCAAUGGCCCCAAGUCCUGCCUAAACUCUGCUUUUCAAGAGCAGCAGCCAGGUCACAUCUUUUCUACAUGCUUUUCCACUCACCGGCACCCCCAGCUGCCUUCCUUUCUCUGCCUUGUUCUACCUCUGUCUUCCAGCUUUGUUUCACUUUGUCACCUCCCCCUGCACACCAGUAGCACCAGGAAAUACAAACUAUGCUCUAAAUUACCAGCCAGUGUCUCUUCUGUCCCUAAUCCAGCCAUCAGAUCUUGAUGCAGUGUUUUAGCAAGACUGGAAUAGAGCUGUGUUUCUGUUGGGCAGAGGUGGAGGAAAUGACUCUGCUAUCUCACUUCCUCAGGGGUUUGCCAGAAUCAAGCUUGUGGUUGCUACAGCUGACCGGGUGGCUGUGUCUGCAAGGCCCCUAGUGCAUGGAGUCAUGCUUUCAUGGUCUUCUGCCAUUUCAGAACAUAAGGACAUCUCCUGCAUGGCCUGCAGUAUUUGUUGAGCUGAAGGAGAAUGGAAACCUGUCUUUAGAUCAAAGGUAUAAGACAGGAAACUGUCCAUAUUAGGAAAAAAAGGAACUGGUCUGAGAUUAUGUUGUGAAUUCUGCAGCACGGAUGAAUUAUCCAGUUUUUUAGCCCUAUGAGCUUGCUCUUCAGUUUAGCUUUCUUUUCAUUGAGACAGAAGUAUUAAGGACUUCCCCCUCUUGCUAAUGGUUCUGUGAAGCUUGGUGCCCACCCCCUUUUAUCAGUUCACUCUUAGUUCAGUCACUAUAUCUUGUCAUGCGGAUAUUGGGUUGCAAAGAGCAGGGCUGUAACAUAGGAAACAGUUCGUGCCAAAAUUUUGUGUGCGCGUUUUGAGCAUUAUUAAAACGGAACUUCCUGUGCCAGCAUAGAAAGUGAGGCAUUGGCCUGCUUCUUCCUUGGCUUCUUCCUCCACACCAGUGAAAAACUUUUGAUUAGAUUUUCACUUCGAUGUGUAUCCUCAGAGAUGCACAUCGAAAUAAAUUGAUGAGCCUCUGUUAGAAACAUCCUUCUGUCAGUUUUAUAAGAUUCAGAAUUGCACUUGUAAAACUUGCACCCCAGUGUGAACGCAAGUAUGAUUAUCACUUUGUUACAUGCUAUGCAUUCACUCACUUGUAGAAAGACCAGUGAAAUUGUAAGGAGUAAAUGUUAUGGCUUAAAAGGGUUUUAUUUCAGCAUGGGUGAAUGAAAGCUGUCUCUUGAAAACGUUCUAGUAUCUCUGCUGGAUUUGAUCUGGCAAACAGAUUGAUCUUGCUGCAAGAUCAGCUUAUAUGGCACCUUUUCCAAACUAGUGUUGCUUCAAAAGCAAGAGGUUUUUCUGUGCCAAAAGGACUUUGGGGGUACAUUCAGGUCAGAGAUAGAUUGUCCCAAGGAAGUAAGGAUUUUAAAAGUAUGAGUGGCUGUUUAUUCUGAGCAAGUCUGCUUUUACAGUGAUGGAUCAGUUCCAUGAAAGUCAGGUUAACCAUGUUGUUACUGAAAUGACUGAACAUAGGCUUUGGGAAGGUGGAGGCAGGGUACGUCCUAGGUAAGUAAAAUACCACAUGAUAAGCAAUAAUACAGAAGCCUCUGGUCCUUAAUUUUAGUUUUUCUCUGGGUCUGCCAUUUUAGUCCCAGUGCUUCAAAUUUAUAUUGACAGAGAUGGCAAUGAUCUCUUUUUAAUACGUUGUACAUUGAAUGCUUCACCUUUUGCCAGAGAGCCAUGUUGUGUCUUCUAGAAUGCCCAGAAGGUGUUUAUUUCCAAUCAGUUGUCAUUUUCAAGCUGCUUUUCUUUAAGGAAUUAAUGGAACUUCAGACUUUCACUGUUGAGAAAACAGUGAGCAUUGCUGUGGUCUGUCCCAGUCAUCCUUGUGGACUGCAGACAUCACUAUAGGUCUGCUGCCUUAUCAAUCUGCACAAAAGUAUUUGCCUGUUCAUCUACUUGUACAGAUUUUCUGCAGCUAAGGAAACUUGCUUUCUUUUAAAAUCCAUAGGACAUUUUCUUCUUUAUUCUGAGUGUGGUUUGUUCGAUCCCAGGCUCAGUGUGGCAUAGGAAAAGAAUCCAUUGGUAGCCAAUAGCUAGAAUUUUGUCAUGUUUUCAGUUAUAUCAGGAGUGUUGUGUAGCAAAUUGCCCAUCCCAAAGGAUAUAUUGGUCUUACUUGCUGAAUCUUUGCAGUGUUUUUUUUUCUUUUUAAAGAGCAAUAUUGUCCAGCUUAUUACUACCACAGGGUCACAAAGCAGAUGCCAAGUGUUUUCAGCCCGUGACAGAAGUAUAGGAAAAUAUGAAACUUGAACACUAAGGGUUCUUGUGUUCAAUACUAGUCCUGCUCAAAGUACACUCAUUUAAAUGCAUGGACCUAAGUUAGUCAUGUUUAUGAAUUUCAGUGGCUCUACUCUGAGUAUCAUUGGCAUUGGCUAUAACCCUAAGGAAGGGAAGUAGCUCUUGCUAUAAAUCCCUCUACUUUAUUUCUUUCCACUUUUGGUGGGGGCAGGGGAGGUUAUAUAUUUUUAUCUCAAGAGUGAAAGUUCGUGUAUUUUUUUUAAAAAAAACACAACAACAAUCUUAACGAUCUUUAGAAACUAGAUGCAUUGGAAGGGUCAUGUUUUGGAAAUAGCGGAAAUUCUAGUCCCUUGGUAGAAUGCAGUAUUAAUUUUCUCCCAAAGUUUUGCAAACGGUGCCUUAACUUGAGAUGCCCCAGGGGCAGCAGCUGUUGCACCUGCUUGCAGAACGCCAUUGGUUCUCUCUGUGCAUCUGUUUGCAAGAACUGAAGUGUCCAAAACAAGCUGAGGUGUUCUAGGCAUCUUCCAAAGUGGCUUUAUCUGCGGCAGUAUUCCAAAUAUUUAGCAGAGCCUCCGCGGUUGCUCUCUUACUAGACUUAUGUUGCUUUCCUCAAGUAAUACCCUUCAUCCACCCACCCACCCAUCCAUCCCCAUUCCCUAGAAAACUCCCUCCACUCAGGCAGUACCCCACCUACCUGACCUCCCAAUAUAGCAAGUUAUCUGAAAUGUGCUAUCGAGCCCCAUCUUUAAGCAAAGCAGCAGCAGCAGCAAAAGUUUUACUGUAAGGAAAAAGACAUAUUAUGAGUGCCUUUUGUGGGGAGUUCUAAAAUGACGCUUGCUUUAAAAAAGUUUUUAGUUUUCUCAUGGAAGUGGCCGUUGAGACAGCCUGGUAAAGGACAGAGUGGCACUAUUUUAGUAGCAUCGUGCCAGUGGUGCCCAGGGGACAUGGACUUCCACCUGUGUCUUCCACAUCUCUCCUGCUUCUCCUGUUGCCGAGCUGGAGUUGGUGUUACUUACCUAGCGUCUACUCCAGGGGUCGGCCACCUAAGGCCCAUGGGCCACAAGUGGCCCAUGAGGGUCGUUUAACCGGCCCAUGGACCCCCGCUGCCCGCUUGGUUGGCUCCCGUGUGCCGCGCUAAACCGGCACGGAGCAGAGCGGGGACCGCCUUCCGCGAUGCUGGCCGGCUUACCAUUAGCUGCAGGAAUCUCCCGCAGCUAAUGGGAAGCUGCGCACGCCUCCUCCAUGCCGGAAAUAGCAUUUGCGUGUGUGCGCACUCCAGCCCACCACAGCGUCUGCAGGACCGUGAACUGGCCCAAGCCACAAAACCUUUGCCGACCCCUGGUCUACUCCCUGUCCCCCACUGUUUCUGGACGUCUUCAUUCCUAGCCAUCCCUGCUCACACUGCCUGCUUCUGUGGCACAACAGAGUGGGGUGGGGAGAGACCGGAAGCAUCUUAAACUUUCUGUGGGGUUUCAAAAAGGGUUUCGUCCGCACCAGUGUUCUUCAACCUUGGGAUCCCCAGUACGAUAUUGGACUGUAACUCCCCACCGCCCCUAGCCAAGCGUAGCCGAACGCUCAGGGAUGGUGGAAGUUGCAAUCUCCACAUCAUCUAGGGACCUGAAGGCUGAAGAUCGCUUCAUGGCUAGUGCAGGAUUAUGACCUAUGCCAGAAUGGCACCGUGACUCUUGCCUGUCUGUGCUGGUCACUGCUUGAGCCCAAACACACACUGCCUGAUGGAAUACUUGAGAUAGAAGCAUCCCUUGCUGUACGUACACUGAAAACAAAAGACUCGAAACAAGUCACAAGUGGUUGUUGUUUUUUUCUCUUUCUGGGCUACCUCUUCAGGCUGCUGAUGGAGUUUGGUGUGUGUGUGUGUGUGUGUUGAAAAAUUGCCUUAUUGAUUGCUCCCCCAAUUGAGGGCAGAGGAAGAUCCAUGUCUUUAGGAAAUUAGCAUGUCCAGGAGGGGAAUCCACACCUGACAUGCCGGGGUUUGGGGAUAUUUGUGGCUUUUUGUUUGUUACUUUAAAUAAAUUUUAAGUUCGGGUGGCUUUAUUCGUGGAGAAUCAUUCAGAGAUGCAAAUGCAAAGUGGAUCUAGGAAAAGCUUUACUAUUUGAUUCCUUUGAUUUGUGUAAAGUGGCCCUAAAUCCAAAACGUGCAAAGUGAAAGGGGGGGGUGACUGUAUAUUAUUAUUUUAUAUUUUCUUAAAAUAACUUACAAUGUUCUUUCUGGAAUCAGACGUGCCUUUUCCUUUAUAUACAAGGGUUCUAUAUAGCCAAGCCAGUGCCAUCAGCCUUCAGUGGCUCUUCUGUCAGCAUUCUGUGCCUUCGAACAGCUUUGUCUAGCUUUAAUCUUAUCACAGUCCAAUCUAAAUGGGCAGCGGGAGUUCAGCAGUUAACCUAUUCCCCCACCCACCCUGGUCCAAAGGUGAAAGGAUGAGAGCGCUGACUUUUUGCAUGCUCUGCAAUGGAAAGGGGCGGCUGUAGAGGGGAAUAAGAGUUUCUGCCCAGUUGCCAUUCCCAGGUUCCGCUAAUGUUUCAUAAACGUUUGUCAUUAUGUUCAGUGGCUUGUAAUCCUCUUCCGCAGUAACCUGGCUGCCUCUUGUCGCCUCUCCCAGGAAGGGGGAAGGUGGGUAGCGAUCUAAGUCUUCUUUGGUGCUUAACAGCACAGUUCUGCAGACACUUAAGCCAACCUGUAACACUGGCAAUAAAAUAAUUCUUGUCUAGCUGUGUAAAAGACUGUUUGUUUUAUCUUAUAAUAAUGUAUGUGCUUCUUUUUUUAAAAAAAAAAUCCAAUUCCCGAUGUAAUGAUGUCUGAAACACUUUUUAAAAGUGCUAUUUUUGUACAAAGAUUAAAGUAGUUUGGCUCCUUUGUAUACUGAUUACAAUUUUUUUUUAAAUGAAAGGAAUAAAACAAGUAUUUACAGAG